AUGGCACCGACCAAGAAAGAAGCCACCGCCAGCGGUGACAAGCAGAAGACGCUCAACGCAGACGAAUCAGCAGUAUGGAUCAAGAACUACCUUCGCGACAAGAACCGCCCCUUCAGCGCCGUCGAGAUCAGUGGCAACUCGCAAGGCAAGAUCGCCAAGACUGCAGGUGUCAAGCUUCUCAAAGACUUGCACGAGAAAGGCGAGAUCGAAGGCCGCAACGCAGGCAAGCAACUUGUGUACCACACCAAGCAGGAAGAACCGUCUGAAGAACAAGAGACCAAACUCGCCGAGAUGGAGACCCUCACCACCCAACUUCGCGAUGAGAUCGCUGCUUUCAAAGCUGAAGAGAAAGAGCUCCGUCAACGUCUCCGUGAAGGUGCCCACGUGGUACCACUUCCCGAACUCAAGGCUUCCAUUCAUGGGCUUGAGAAAGAGAAGCGCGAUCUGGGUGCUAGGUUGAAGAAGUUGAAGAGCGGCGACGUCAAGCCUGUGAGCAAGGUCGAGAAGAAGGAAGUUCAAGAGCGUUGGAGCAAGAUGAAGAAGAGCUGUGACGCAAGGAAGAAGAUUCGAUCGAGAGUUUGGCAGGAUGUGGUGCUUACCGCGGAGAGUCAGCAGGGAAAGAGACUCGAUGCUGAGGCGGUCGAGGAGUUGAAAGAGGAGUUGGGACUGGAGUUCUGA